UACAACAAACUGCAGCGGAUGUUACUGUUAGCUGGGUGAUUAGCUUAUCAACAACUGACUUCAACUAAUUUUGGAAAUAUUUACCGAACCUGAAAUGUCUCGUGCUCACGCAGAAAAUGUGAUUAAAAACUUAAUUGGUGAAAUAGUGCAGCAGUGUUCACUGAGAGGACAUUCUGUGUCUGAGGCUCUGGUGGCGUUCAUGGUGAAAGCUGUUGUUCUGGACCCAAGAAAUGGAUUCAAUGUUGAUCGCACACUGACCAAGAAAGACGUCCAGAAACUGACAGAGCUGUGUCUGGAUAAACUCCUGGAACAGUGCAGUCCGUCUCUGGACACGAUCAAAAUGCAGCUGUAUUUUGAUCUGAAUUACACCAGUCGACGUGAGUUCCUGGAUCAGGUCCACCAGGUCUUGGAGUCCAAACUGAGUCCACUGAGCAGAGACAUCACCGACAGCAGAGCCAGGGGGCGGGACCAGCUGGACGCCCUGUACCGUCAGCUGGUCUCCUACAUCCUGCUGCGCUCCGGCAUGGGCCCGCCCACUGACGCCGACGCCGUCCGCCAGACCACAGCUGCGCUGCAGAGUGUCUUCCCUCAGACUGAAAUGGGGGCGUUCAUGGUUCUCCUCAAACGGGACAAGGAGCAGCAGCUCAGGGAACUGUCGUCCAUCGUCACCGGGAUCCGACUGUUUAACAGAGUCAGCAGGACACCACAGAAGGACCUGGACCUGCAGGAACUGAUGCCUGAUGUGCUCCAUGAAGUUCAUCCAUCCACCAGUGAACGCAUCCACAGUGAGCUGAGUGUGUCCCAGGGUUUGGCCUCCAGGUACAGCCUUCUACUGGACAGACUGAGCCAGCCUGACAGACGCAGACCAGGGACAGACGUCCCACUGCCUCUGCUCAAACAGGCUCUGUACAACGUCACACAGCACCAGGUGUUCCUGAACAGGAUACAGGCUGAUGCGUGUGUGUGUGCUCAGAGUGUUGAACUCCUCCAGACUGAACUGUCGUCUCAGAUGAAACUCCUCAAACAGACGCUCCAGUCUAAGUCUGCAGUUCCCACUGCCACAGUGUUUCCUCUGUUCCAGUCGCUGUCUCAGGUCUGGUCUGGUCUUCAGGAUGAGGCUGAACUCCUGCACAUCCUCAGCACCAUCACCCUGAACCUGCAGCCUUUUGUCGUCUCCCAGGCCAAGAUGUUUUCUGAGACGUACCUGGAUGAACUGUUAGAGAAGACUGAGGAGCAGACUGAGAAGCAGAGGGAGGAGCAGAGCUCAGCUGAACGCAUCGAUCCAGCUCAGAUGAAGACACAGGAGUGGCUGUUCCCUGAAAACCUGUCCAACUUUGACCAGGUUCUUCUGCAGUUUAACGGCUUCUGUGGAUACACACUAGUGGAACGAGACGGACUGCUGCUGCCAGGAGACCCUCAUAUUGGGAUCCUCAAACACCAGCAGAAACUCUUCGUCUUCAGCUCCACAGACGCUGCCGUCCACUUUUCAGCGGCUCCUGAUCAGUUCAUUUCAGAAGUGGCAGAAAAGGCCAAACGUUCCCCAGAACUGAUUCAACUCCUCAGACUGCACCAGCAGUUCCCCAGUGUCAGCCCAUACUCUGAGAUGAAACCAGGAGACAGUUUUGUGGCGAAGCCGAUCUCCAAGUGUGAGAGUGGGACCCAGACAGACGUCCACCCACUGGAGACCAACAUCUGCAGGACAUACCAGUGGAACCAGUGGGAACUGAGAAGAAGAGCCAUCAAACUGGCCGACCUCCGGACCAGGGUGACCGUGUCCACUCAGACCCCCCAGAGCCACAUGAGGAGGGACAACGCCACCCAGACCUGGACCCCUAAGGACGCUGAGAGCCAAACCCAAAGGGAGGGGGGCAGCGGGGUCCCCAGGCCUCAGGUCUACCUGGCAGGUCUGAGGGGACAACGGGACGGACCAGCGGUCAAAGUCAACCUGACCACACCUGUGGACCAAUAAACUCUGGUCUACAGGU